AUUAAUUGGUUAAGUGAUUAAAAACCAUAAUGCUGAAAAGCUUACCCUUUAUAAAAUUCAACAAGGAAAUCAUACAUUUUCAUGAAACACUGGUGUACGAAACACACACUGUAAAGAUGACUGUACCUGAGGUGAAUGGAGUAUUGUGUAAAUGUCAUGUUUAGCCCGUCUCUAGCUAUACUGCAAUUAAGCAUGGUGGUAAAAAUAGAUUGAUACAAAAGCCCUGUGGCAACAAGGUGUAGAAGAAUCAACAAUGUCAAAACCCUGCGAGGGGUUCAAAGAGGGGUGUGAGAUUCUUAGUGGCCCUAUAUAAGCCAAGGAUCAGGCACCAGGACUGUCAGUAGCAAGGUCGGCCAGCUCCUGGGAAACACGCAAAGAAGAGGCCCUUCUCUCUGUGGUGGAACUACUAUCUAGCAAGCAACACAAAAGGCCCGGGAACAGUCAGAAACAUGAGAGGCUCCUCACACUCCCAGAAGUCCCUAUCGGUGAGCAACUCCAGCAGUGUGCGGGUGCAAAGUCCAUCUCCUUCCCGCUGUAAGGGAUCCUCCUACAGCCGCGGUCGUAAUGGGUACCAGGGUGGUGUCUCUGCUGUUGAGGUUGGCACAGAGAUCCACCAGCAGCAUGCAAACGAGAAGGAGGAAAUGCAUGAAGUGAAUGUACGCUUUGCCGGUUACAUUGGGAAGGUGCAGGCCCUGGAACUGAGGAAUGCCCAGCUGCAGGCAGAGCUGGCCGCACUGCAGGGCCGCUUCAAGGGAGGUCCUGGUGGGCUCGGAGAAGAGUAUGAGCUCAAGUUCAAGGAGAUGAGGGAUCUGAUUGAGGCCCUGACUGCACAAAAGGGCGCAGCUGACAUUGAGAGGGGUUACAUCAAGGAGGAGAUAGACGUGUGGAGGCUCAAACUGGAGGAGGAGAUGGCCCUCAAAGAGGCAGCUGAGAUGAUCCUGCUAGAGUUCCGUCAGGAUGUGGAUAAUGCCACGCUGCAGAAAGCCGACCUGGAGAGGUGUGUGGAACAGCUGCUGGCCGAGAUUGAGUUAUUGAAGAAGCUGCAUGAUGAAGAGGUGGCUUAUCUCAUGCAGCAGAUUGAGGAUUCCAAGGUCACUGUGGAGCUGGACUCAGACCGGCCUGACCUGGCGGCCUACCUGCGCAACAUGCGUGCUGAGAUUGAGGCAGUGGCUGCUCGCAAUGUCCAGGAGGCAGAGAAGUGGUACAAGGGCAAAUUCGACACACUGAAACAAACAGCCGGCAAACAUGAGGACCAGAUGAAGACCAUGAAGGACGAGAUCACCACCUUCCACAAUCAAGUGACUGAACUGCAGAAUCAGAUUGAUGGCCUGAGAGCCAGUAAUUCUGCUCUGGAACAGCAGCUGGAAGACAUGGAGGCAAAUCACCAAGACAAGGUGGCAGGACUGGAGGACAUCAUUGAUCAACUGGAGAACCAGCUCUGUGAGACCAAGAUGGAGAUGAGCAAAUACAUGCAGGACUAUCAAGAGCUGCUACACAUCAAGCUGAAGCUCGAUGCUGAGAUCGCCACCUACAGGAAGCUGCUGGAAAGCGAAGAGAAGAGACUGGGAAUCUCUACAGAAGGUAAGGCACCCAUACUUAACUACAUCCAACAUUACUGUUUGGCAUAGAAGCAUUUUUGAGUUCCACUCUUAGCGUCUGUAUCUUAGGAUCUUACCAAUUUCCCACUCUAACAUAUAAGGGACAAAUAUUUUUGAUGACCUGAACUGAGCUACAGCUUCAAACCAGAACUCCUCUGGAAAAGCUAUUUUGAAUGGCCACAGAACCAAUUUACUCUUUUGGUCACCUAUAUUCAAAGUGAAUUGUGCAGAGGACAGUCUUUCCCAUUACCACUUCUGUUGUGCUCCAGACAUGAUUAGAAUCAGCAAAGCAUGAAAUAAUAAUGUUACCGUGCUUAUUGCCUCCACAGGCGAGAGCCACCCAGCCAUCCAGGAAUCUGCCUAAGGACCUCCACCCCUCCCAGGACACUCCAUGCCUGUCUGUCAUUCCCAGAGACCCAACACUGCAGCGCACCCAUGUCCUGCUAUGCCCUGGCUAACUCACCCGUCUGGGGAACCCACAUUCCUUACGCCAUUUUGUGUAACAGCUAAGAUGAGUUUGAUGUGAAGGUGUUCCCAGGUGCUACUUAAAAUAAAGCUGGACUUG